GAUCUCGUUCCAUUUUGCUUUGGUUACCUUUCAUACACUUCAUUCUCGUGGUAUGUUUGCAAACUAUUCCCACCGAAAAAGAACGCUCCAGCUGGCCAGUGUCUCGAAGUGGUUCAGCCGGUCGAGAAGGUCAAUUUCGAGCGUUUGUCUGAUUCCGACCCUUAAUUCAAAUUCAAUCGCACAGAAUGGCCCUCCGUUUCGACGACGACAAAAUGCCUUACAUCGACCUGGGCUCGGGUCUUCGAAUUGAAUUGGAUUUUGCUGAGUAUAGCGAUAAAAUGUCACUCGAGAAAGCCAGUGAAGAAUUGCGCGAAACUGCCGAUGUUGUUGAAAGUAGUUUAAGGGAGUUGAGAGAACUGCUGAAAGAUGAGAAAAAUCUGAAUAUUCCAAUAAAUGAUGACACUUUCCUGAUAAGAUUCCUACGACCCCGUAAAUACUACGCUGAAAGCGCAUACGAACUGAUCAAAGGCUACUACAAAAUGAAAGCGAAAAAAGAUUUCAUCCUGGACAACAUUUCCGCCAAAGCCAUCACCGUGGCUCUCGAAGAACGCGUAAUUCAGCUAUAUCCAAAGCGAGACCAACACGGGCGAAGAAUCGUUUACAUGGAAACGGGAGCCAGCUGGAACUGUUCCAAGGUACCGUUCCCGGAGCUAAUUCGAGCGCAGCAUGCUUUGCUCACCCUGCUCUCGCUGGAACCGAGCACCCAGCUGAACGGUCUAGUUGUCAUUGCGAACUUUGACAAGCUAAGCUUUUCCCAUCUCGGCCAGUUUGCGCCAAAGUUUAUGAAAAAUGUGCUCGACUGUGGGCAACAGUACACUCCGUUGCGAAUUAAGUCGAUUCAUCUGAUCAACAAUGCAAAACUGUUCAACAUGCUGUUCAAGAUCUGUAAACCUUUUCUCGGGCAGAAGUGGGGCCAGCGGAUUCAUUUUCACGGAUCAAACAUGGGAUCUCUGCAUAAGGAGAUUGAUCCGGACAGUUUGCCUGUGAAGCUCGGUGGAAACUGCGAUCUGCCGGAGUACGACGGAAAGGUGCUGGUAGAGUUUAUGGAACAAUUUCAGGAGAAGUUUGACGAACUUAACUCAUACGGAUAUGUGGAUCAAUGCAAAUGAAGAAAUUAUUCCUUGGCGCGUUUCUUGCUUUUUUUCUGUGAGCAAUAUUGAUCGUUACAACAGCAUCUCACUGUCGC